AUGUCUCUACUUUCCUCGCGCGACCGCCAGAACUAUGCACGCCCCCUACCAAACGCGCUCCGCCUGCGUACGCCCAAUGCCUCGAUGAGCGAUGAGGCCAUGUCCAACGGUUCCCACAAUAACAAUCUGGCGGAGGGGCUGGAGACUGCGGCCGAGGAUGACCCCCGUGUCGCGCGCUGGCGGGAGAACUAUCUGCGCACCGAGGCGCGCAUCACCGCUCUACUGGGGGGCGAUCAUCUACAUGAUGGAGAUGAUGGAGAGGCCGCGCAAACAGCUGACCAGCCUGCGAUGGAUGUGGCCGCAGCACAUGAUGCGCGCCCGACCGCGACACCCAAGAAAGCCGCCCGGACAAUUGACGAAGAUGACUACGGUGACGAUGAUGACGCCGACGAAGAAGAUGACACCCGCACCUCGCCGCUCCUUGCAAAGAGCGCCCCGAACGGCAUCGGUCGCCCUCCUAUCGACGCGCCAAGCCUUCGGAUAUCCUCGCUGUCGAGCAAACUGGGCAUCGAGUGCAUCGGCACUCCGAGCGCCGAGCAACCCAAAUCAGCCGAUGAUGUGCGCAAGAAGCUGCAGCAAGACAAGGAGGCCGAUGAGGAAGCGGCCAAGCGCAGCUUUCACACCAUGUUUUACACACUCGAGAGCGACAGGGAUGCCAUGCUGGAACAACAGAAACUCGAUGAGCUUGACCGGCAAGUUGAGACGGAGAUGUCAGGCCAGUCUGCAGCCACGCCCGCACCAGGCGCAAGCACCGUUCCACAACAGGGAACACUGAGCACAACCAACUUGGGAGCAUCCAGUCUCACCUUGAAGCAUCUCAUUGCGCGUAUAGACGCAGAAAGAGACAAAGUCAAAGCGAGCGACACCCAGUUACGGAGCUUGAUUAGCGAAGUUCGCAAGAAUCGCAGCAAGUGGGCCAAUGAAGACCGUGUUGGACAGGAAGAGCUGUAUGAGAGUAUGGAAAAGGUCAUUAUGGAGCUCAAAGCGGGCGAACACGCCAACCCUUUCCUGCAGCGCGUGAACAAGAGAGAAGCGCCCGACUACUACAAUGUGAUCAAACAACCGAUGGACAUCGGGACCAUGAUGAAGAAGCUCAAGCAGCUGGCUUAUAAGUCAAAGAAGGAGUUUGUAGACGACCUCAUGCUUAUCUGGGCGAACUGCUUGAAGUACAACUCCGCUUCGGACCAUCCUCUCCGCAAGAAAGCUCUCUACAUGCGGAAAGAGACUGAAAAGCUUGUGCCACUGAUUCCCGACAUAACAGUCCGCGAUCGCGCAGAGGUCGAGGCUGAGGAGCGCAGGAUGCGCAACGGAGACGCCGACGCAGAUGGUGCUGAUGAUAGCGAGGACGAGGAGCCGAUUAUGGCAUCUCGUGGACGCAAAGCACCGAGCAAGGGCGGGAAAGGUGGCAAUGCAGCAAGAAAAGCACCUCCAGCUGGUCUGGAGGGCACACCGGACCAGGAAAGUAAACCAGCAGUACCUACCUUGAACCACACCGUGUCCAAUUUGAAGAACGAGUUCCUGCGCGCAGACUCAGAGAUGGAGGGAAGUGUGAAUGGUUUCUCGACCCCACCACCUGGAACCUUGACCCCCAUCGGACCCAACGGUUUGCUCCGCAGCGGUGCUCACGGCAGCCAGGCAGAUGUCUCUGAGCCCGAUGGGACGGGUGCUUCGGUCAGCGGCUUCACGGAAGAGGAUGCUGACCUGGAUGAUCUUGAGUACAAAACUUGGAAGCAGGUCACCAAGAAGGACAGAGCCACUAUUGCAGCCGAACGGCACCGACUGUUUCGGGAUGAUCAGCUGCAGCCAGAUGAGCCUGCAAUAUUGCGUAGCAAAGCGGGCAUGAGAAGAUGGGCACGCCAUCGUAAACAGGCUAUCGAGGAGGGUACCUCAGGUGCAUCGGCUUCAUUAGCGGACGUCAAAGAUGGCCUGCAAACUACCACUAGCCAAAGUCUGGCCGAGGGCAUCGCAGGAGAGGAGGAACGUCAGGUUCCAGAUUACUACGAUCCUGUUUGUACAAUCCCAGACCUGGACAGACGCCUGCAAUGGAUCGAAGACUCUCAGGGACACGUCAUCCAACAACAUGAAGAAUACAUGCGCCUUGUUCCCAGCGGACAGUUCACUGCACCGGACAGCGCUUUGGUUAAGAAGAUGGAAUCCAAUUUGCGACAGAUGCAGGAGACGAGAAAGAUUUGUGCCAAAAUCGGGAUCGUCAAACAAAUGCAGCUACAAUCUCAGAUGUACCAGAACCAGUUCCAGAAGUACGAUCCUCAGCCUUUCAUCGAGGCUGAUAUCGAACCUGUGGUUGUGUCGGAGGAUGGGCCAGUCAUGGCACCAUACGUUUGUCGCGCAGCCUUGCAACGAAGUGUUGGCAAAAUCUUCUACCAUGCUGGGUUUGAAGAAUUUCAGCCGUCGGCUUUGGAUGCGAUCACUGACAUAGCCGGGGACUUCUUCCAGAAGCUUGUUGCAAGCCUUGGACUCUAUCGAGAAAUGCCAAAGAUGAAGUCCGAUGUAACAGUACCUGAUGCGACCGGUACACCCACAACAUGGGUCCCCCGGUUUACUCAAGAGGAAGCAAUUCUGCACUCCUUGCAAGUGAACGGUGUUGAUUUGGAGAGCUUGGAGACAUAUGUUAAGGAGGAUGUUGAACGACUUGGGUCCAAGCUUUCUGGCAUGCAUGAUCGAAUGCGCUCUUACUACGCUGAGCUUCUCCGGCCCGCUCUCGACAACGCUGGAGCUGAUGGGUCUGGUGCUUUCAACGAUGGUAGCGAACAAUUCGUUGGUGGAGACUUCGCAGAAGACAUUGGUGAAGACUUCUUCGGCUUCAAGGAGCUUGGCUUGGACAAAGAAUUUGGAGUGGCGUUCAGCGUCCCAUUACACUUGUUGCAGAAUAGGAUGCACAAGGCAUACCAGUCCCAGAACACCAACAAUGUUGCCACCACUGGUACUCUCAUGGAAGAGCCCGCCAAGUUCGAACCUGUCAGCGUACAAAACGUCACCAACGAGAUUGGCCUCAUGCGUUCCUGGUUUCUCAAUAAGUUACGCCAGAACGACAAUCAGUCACUUGUCGAGGACGAGGACUUGCCACCUAAGCAGCGCUUCCCCAAGCCUCGCCUUCCCCCAACCGGAAAGAUCUCUAGUCCUCGUAAGCGUCCAUUGAGAGAACAACAACAGAUGGCACGGAAAAAGCGAAAGUUGGAUGAAGAAAAAGACGAAACUGGCGGUAACGAUCACGGUUCUUCCGCAAACGGCAGCUUCAUGAAAGGACUCGGGAAGCCUGUGGGCAAACUCAAGCUUGAGAUGCCCCAAAAAGAGAACCAGAACGUCGCCGAGCCCGAGAAAGAUGAUGGCAGUGCUGUGGGGAUGAUAAGCCCCGAAAGCAUCCUCGCGGCUUAA